AUGAAGCAAAUGUUAAUGACGACCGAGGAGAGGACGCAAUACGUUAUGAAAUGGAGGCACAAGCUCAGAUUACCAUUCUGCAUGAACGGCGAGCAUUGCUACUUCCACAUCAGCCCCAACAUCGUCGUAUUUCAACAAUUCACCCCUGGCAUGUACUUGAGCGUGAUGGUGACGAUUCGAAACGUGACGCCGGUAUCGAGAUACGUGAAAAACAUCUACGAGACUAAUCCUUUCUUCGCCGUGGAAUUUUGUGGUGCCAAUUUCUCGACGAUGCUCGCGCCUGGUCUCUCCGUUACUUACAGAGUGAAAUUCAUGCCCGAGAGAAAGGAAGAUUAUCAAUAUCAGUUAAAAUUCGCGACAGAUAUUGGAGACGUGAUCAUACCUGUCAUAGCGAUCAGUCCGAGAGGGAUCUUGGAUUUUCCCGAUCGUAUCGAGAUACCGGCUACAGCGGCCAAGAUCCCCUCUUUCAAAACGAUAUUUGUGCGCAAUGUGGGGGAUAUAGCAGCUGCUUUCACCCUUUAUACCGACAACCCUUGCUUCUGGAUCGAGCCUUCGAAGGGAAGAAUAGAGGAGGAGGAAUCGCUUCAGUUUAUCGUACACUUUCUGUCCAACAAGGCUGGAGAUUUCGAGGCGAACUUGUUCCUCGAAUACGACACCGGUGAAAAGUUGUGUAUCGAUCUGCAGAGUUCGGCCGAAAAUUGUCAAAUUCGAAUCGACAGAGGCACAGUCAGAUUGGAGGAGACAUUCUUGGGCCUGUCGAGGAGCAAGACCCUGUUGAUCCACAAUAGAAGCAAUUACACGGUCAAGUAUAAGUGGAUGCUUUUCGAGAGCAUCGAGGCGGACAACGAGCGAAAAGAACAUUACAAGAAAUUGAGCCAACUGAUUUACGAGAACGAGCUGCCCCGUUGCGUCAACCUCGAUUAUUACAACGUGUGUACACCUAAUAUCCACAAACUGAUUUAUCAACGUAUCUACACGGAUCAGCUCGAGUCGUUGGUGAAAGAAACGUUCGAGUAUAAAAACAUGUAUUUCUUUCUCUCACCCAUAAUAAUAGCGGGGAACAGAGGGCACAUUUGCGGGACGCUGAUUUACAAGGAAAAGCCAACCGAUUUCGGUGGCACGAUCAACGUGACACCCCCCAGCCUCAAACUGAAACCGGACGAGCUCAAAUCCUUCAAUUUGUCGUUUUCCUCCCAUUAUAAGGGUGAAUUCGUGGAGAGGGUCGAUUUCGUGGUGAAAGAGACCCUCGAGGUGCUCAGCUUGCAUAUCAAGGGUUGCAUCAUAUGCCCGACUCUGCACUUCGACAAGGAGAGCCUCGAUUUCGGGACGACGGCCCUCGCCCUGAUACCAGUUGCCUUCACCUUAACCGUGCUGAACGACGGGGAUGAAGUGGCAUUGACUCACGAAGAGUUCGCGAGAAGUCAAACGAAACCGUCCUUCCCGAGCAAUCCCCAAGAAUUCGAGAUCUCGCCCGAGGAAGGGGUUGUAGCUUCCAACGAUUCCAUGAGAAUCAAGGUGAUUUACACGGCCAAUAUCGCGCGCAUCGGUCACACGAUGAUUCAAGUCGACAUGUGGGACUCCGGCUCGCACCCCGUCCUGUUACCCAUCACAUUCAAAGGCAAAGUGUCCCCAUUGACGAUCGUUCCCCAGGACAUCACGGUCCGAUUCUGCUUCCUCAAUUAUCCGUAUUCGAGAACCAUCGACGUGACCAACAAUUCGGACAUAGACGGAUACUUUUAUUUCAUACCGCAACAAGUCACGGAAGACGAAACGAUGAUAUGCUCGUUCUCCAAGUAUCAAGGAUACGUGAAAUCUUACAAAUCGUGUACAAUCGAUGUCACUAUUAUGAUGAAGGAUUUAGGCACUUAUACGCUCACGUUAAGGUAA